AUGACGCAAGCAGACGAGCCCACCGUGGCGAGCGUGGGAAAGGCGACGACCAAGAUCGAGUCGGCCGAGAUACUGCUCCCGUCCAGGGGAAUAGCCGAGGACAUCGGGUUCUGGACGUCUGCCGACCCGGGCCUGGGUUUCCGCAUGGUGCAGAUCUACCCGGCCGACGACCCGCAGGUCGUGACGCUGUCCGGCCAUGGGCUUCGGAUGCGUCUCGAUACGGCAGCGGCGGACAAUGCCGUCCCGGGCACGAUCCGUCUGCUCUGUGGCGACGCGAGCUUUUUACCGCGCGAGCUUGUGUCGCCGUCUGGCACGCGGGUCGAGCUCGUCCCGGCCGCCGUGUCGAUGGUGCAGCCCCCGGCGAGGCACGCCUUCAUCACACGACGACUAAAAGACAACGCGCCGUGGGUCGUCGGCCGCGCGGGGAUGCACUACCGUGACCUGAUCCCCGGGCGCCUCGGGGGCGCCAUCAUCGCGUCGCACAUCCGCAUCCCCGAGGCCGGGCCUGUGGCCGACAAGGUGCACUACCACACUGUCGGCUUCCAACUCAUCCACUGCCACGCCGGCUGGGUGCGUCUGGUGUACGAGGACCAGGGUCCGCCCUUCAUACUACACGCGGGCGACAGCGUCAUUCAGCCGCCGGGCAUCCGGCACCGCGUGCUCGAGGCAUCGGCGGGGCUCGAGGUUGUCGAGGUCGGUCUGCCCGCCGAGCACCUCACCACCAUCGACCACGAAAUGGAGCUCCCAACGCCCAGGCACCACCCGGACCGCGAGUGGGAGGGCCAGCGAUUCGUGCACAGCCGCACCGCCGACGCCGUCUGGGCGCCGUGGCGCGUGCCGGGCUUCGAGGCCCGCGACACGGGCAUCGGGGACGGCACGCGCGGCGUCGCUGGCGUGCGGGUGGCCCGCCCCGUCGCCGGUGCGGAGCCGGGAGGCUGCACCACCAGCCACGACUCGGAUAUCUUGUUUACUUUUGUCCUCUCCGGCUCGUGUACACUCCGCGGGCAGGGCCAGGAAGCCCAGAGUCUGGCAGCUGGAGACGCAUACACGCUCCCGCCCGGUUACAAGACGAGCCUGACUGAUAGCUCGACUGAUCUGAGCCUCCUGGAGGUGUCGUUGCCGGCCAAGUUCAAUACGGCGGUGCAUCCUUGA